UCCUCAGAAGGGCCCAGAAAGGUCUGAAUUGCCCUGAGAGUUUUCCUCCAGACAAUAGCCCAGCCUUCUGGGCCCAGCCAUGUUUGCAAAACCUUCUCACACAGCCCUCGGCUAGCCCUCCACAGUCUAAGCCUAGGCUGCUGGGAUAGACAUUUCUAUUUUGCAGGUAAUGAACAGAAAUCUCCAUAGAGUUAAGAGCCUUAUACAAAACUACCUACCCUGGCUGGUUUUUCCACGACAGCAGGGACUCCCUUUCUCCAAGUCUCGCCUCCUCACCAAGGUCUCAGGUGAUGAGGGCCUUCCAGGCAUGAAUGUCCCACACCCGUGCUUCUGUCAGAGUCCUCACACUCCCUGACCAAGCUGCUCCUGCCUCAGUUCCAGGAAGCUCUGGGACUGUGUCCUCCCAGGGAUUGGGGCUUCCCAUCUAGUCCCUCAAACCAGGAGCCCAGGGGUAUUUGUGAGGUUCUGGGAGAUUCUAGGAGUCCAUAAAUACCAGACCUUUAAGCAAGCAUGGUCAGCAGCUGGUGAUAAAAAUGACGGAAAGAGACACAGCAACCUGUACUCCAACCCUGCCCUCUCCACACCCUCCAAAUUGAGUACCUGAGGUUGCAGGGAGGCAGGGCCACCAAAGUCCCCAGUGGGACCGCAGUGUGGCUCUGAGGGUGGAGUUGGAUAUUGUAUGGUUGGCAGGAACUCAGGCCAGUACCCUCAAGUGGGACAGUUGAGAAAAGAGGUAGAAAAAAAAGAUAGCAUGAGAAUCUUUAGGACGGGAGCCAGAUCAGUCUUCUUAAAGAAUAUUGUGCAGACGUGCUCUGCACACAAACCUUUCUUUCCUAGAGAUCCAGAAUAUCUAGGAAGAUUCAUGUUCAUCAGCAUAUUGAAAGCCCUGAGAAGUCCUGUAAUCAUGGAAUAUUAUAAUAAUAAUGAUACUAAUAGCCCAAGGUUUUCUAAACUUACUAGUCCAGAGAACUCUUUUCUAGCGAAAUUCCUAUUGCUCUCUCCCCAUAGAGCACACAUUGUGACUGCUGGCCUGGCCCAUCUAGGGUAAGGAGCAAUGUUGAUCACAGUGCUUCUUAAGCAGCUGUAAACUUCCACAGCCUCGCUACAAUGGUCCUGGCCCCCCAUCUUACUUCAGAUAGAUUAGACAGAUCCAAUGUCUAAAACCCUAGACUACUGGUAACAAUUUUAGUGACUUAGAUCUCAAACUAUGCGGUUUCAAACUAUGGCCCGGAGGCCAAAUCUGGCCCUCUGCCUGUUUUUAAAAAUAAAGUUGUAUUAAAACACAGCUUCUGCCAUUCCUCUAUGUAUUACCUGUGGCUGCUUCAUGCUGCAAUGGCAGAGUUGAGCCGUUGUGAUAGAGACUAUGCAGCCCAGCAAAGCCUAAAAUAUUUACUAUCCGGCCUUUAGAAAAAAUGUUUGCUGAACCCUGGCUUAAACAGAAAAUCAAAACUCACCUGAAGGAUUGGUUCUGUAACGUCUCAAUAGCAUGGGAAAUUUAGAUUUAAAAUCUCUGCAAUUUGGACCAAGCCAGGUUCUGCUGUGGUUGUGUUGUUGAUGUAACGGGCCCAGACUACGGUUCAAGUGUAGACAAGUGUGUGUGGGGGUGUGUGUGUGUGUAUGUUCAUGAAGAGACUGAGAAUAGGAACAGGAUGGGGAGGAAAGAGAGAUGCUUUAUGGCUUAAGAAUACUGAAUUUGGAGCCAGAGCAGGGGAAGUUGUGCCACCCUUUAAGCCUCAGCUUUGGUCGUGUGAGAAACCUGGAGAUAAUGUAACUGAUGGCACAGGGUUGUUGUGGAUGGAAAAUGAGCUCCUGUGAGCAGAGCAUCUCUGCUGUCUCUAGGAGACUCAGCAAGUCCUAGGGACUCCUCUGCAUUUCUUGUUCAGUGCCCAGUGUGCAUUAAGUGCUUAACAAAUGGGCUCCUAUUUGGGAAUUAUUCAAGCGACACACAAUCUUAUUUGGGGAACAGACAACAUCUGGGCAAGAUAAAACUUCCUUCUUUCCUUUCAAGGUUGGACAUUACAUGCUAAUUUGGGUCAUCUCCUGAGCAUGACCUUCAGCCAGCCAUUGGUCACCUUAAGUGCAAAUAGGGCAUGAGUGGCGUUCCACGUGUAAACCGCAUGACAGCUCGGAAAGCAGACGGUCCUGUAAGUGUAACCCACAGAUUGAAAAUGACCCACGGCAAAUGGCAAUGCGUGCAUGACUUUCGUGCUGGAAUUCAUGAUGGAACAUUCUGGAUUCCUCCCAGCAAACCUGAGCUGGUCUGCUCUGUUGGCCAGUGAGGGCUGCCCAGAGAGACGCUGGUGUUUAUCUGCCAUAUCCUUUAGUUUUUAUUGCACUCAGUCGCCUUGUAUAUUUAAUGGGGAAAUUUGCUGAAAUGGUUACUAAGCCACAGGGGGAAAAAAAAGGAAGGGGGUGGGGACACACUCUCCGACCCUGAAGUUGGCAAAGUUGCCUCAUUAAUCAGACCUGCGCUGGGAUACGACGUUAUUCAUGUUUAGGGCAUUAAAACUUGAAGCUAAAAUUGUAGCAGGCAGUAAUUUGAGCACAGGCAGCCUGUCUCUCUGCGAUAGAUUUAUGAUGUUUACUCAACAAUGGAUGGGAACUUUCAGGGAAAGACUAGCCCCCCCCACCCCCGCCUUUUCAAAACACAUUGUCAGGCCACAGUGAUCAAGUUCCCGAUUUUCAUGUGAGUAUGCAGAGCCUUUUUAAAAGUCUUCAGGGUGAUAAGAGCAGACCGUGUUCGAUCUUCCCCAUUCUGAGCUCAGCGGAAGUAGGAAAAUGUGCAGGGCAGAUGGAAUGAGCUGUCUACCAGGCGUAUGGUGGUUGCCACACUCUCUGACUACACUGCUCUUCCUGACGUGACCGGUGCAGUGCCGCCCCCACCGGCCUUGAUGUUGAAUCUGGAACAUCUGACCACUGUGUCACCUCGUCAGGACCUCAGAGAAUUCCCGACAAAAGUUUCCAUGUUCCCGGCUGAGGGUCUUGCUUUCCUGUGCUUCAAGGUUACAAUUCUUGGAACUGACUGCUGGGAAUUUCAGGAAAGUGAGGGUUCCCGUUUUCCAAGUUUUCCCACCUCCUUUCUGUCAUGACACACAGACAGACGGAGGCCACAUCGAUCUCUGUCGGUCCAGGCAGACUCUGCCUUCAGGUCUCACAUAGCAAAGGAAGAGGCAUCAGCCCGGUCUUGGGUCUUACCACUCAGAGGGGAAGCCCUUUCUGUAAGAGGAUUCCUUUAAGAUGUGGCACAAAGAAUAUUUGUACUGCACUUGGACAGGAAGGCCCCCAGGUGCGUGAAAACACUUUGGAGUGCUCAUCUUCUCUCUCUGGCACAGGUGCAGCAGGAUGAGACCCUGUUCUGGUCACUCUGGCUGUUAGCUCUGCUUUUAGCUUUGCCAUGGGCCUGGUGUGUUGAUGAUGAAUUGCAGAUAAUACCACCAACCACAUAGGGCUGUUUCGCAAACUAAGUUGACAUUGUAGGCAGUUUGGUUAAACAAACCGACUUUGAGUAUGGGCUCUGUCACGUCCUAAGGGGGUCAUUUUGGGUAAGCUACUGGCUCCCUCUGAUCUUCAUUUCACCAUCGUGAGAUGGGAUGAAGCUAUUAUCUGCCUCACUGGGCCAUUACUGAGUAUGUGGAAGUGCUUUUUUUUUUUUUUUGAUAAAAUAUGCUCAUAGAUUUUCAAUAAAUGUUAGGUUCUAUUCUCAAUAUUAUGGAAAGAUGCACUUCAUGAAUUUGGGGAAGAAACAAAGGAGAUUGCAUUUUAUGCCAAAGUCAUAAGCACUGACGCAUAUCAAACCACAAAUAUUUCUAUCAUCCAGGCUCUGGAGGGAUCGACUUGCCGCCCUAUCAUGUGACACUUAGAUAAAGGAUAUGAAAGUCGUGCCUCACGUGGACACUAUAAUUUUGUAAGCUUUUCUCUAAGAGGGUCCCUCACUUUCCAGUCUUCUGUGUUUGUUUUGUCAUUUAAGUUCGUGUGCUGCAACAGAUUUAAAGUAGACGCUGCUUCCCCCUGCCCCAUCCGGCGGUAAACGUGAGAAUUUUUCAGUUUGAACUAAAUACAAGAAAUAUUAAGUUAGACUUAAAGAAAUAGCCCCCAACUUGCAACAAGUAGGGCAGUAAAUAAAGGGAGCCCUUUUCUGCAGGGGCUGAGUGGGAGAGGGGAGCUCAAGGGGUUUCGGAGGUGAAAGUAACUGUAAUGAUUUAUCAUCAGGGAAGACUUAUUUACCCAUGGAAGGAAUACUUUAAAAUCGACCUUUCUCAUAAUAAGGCACGCUCAUAUAUACAGCACAACUUACAUACAAGUAUUUAUGUAGUUUUGCAAGGAGCUUGCAAGGUUAGAAACACACACACAUGUACCCAUACAUAUGAACUAUGUUCAGUAACACUACCCAUGCAGUCUUUGAAAACCUUCUGUGGAUCAUCUGGCUAGGGAACUGUGAAUCUCAUCUGUACCCACAUGAACCCAAAGAGGAGGGGCCGGGUAGAAACAAGAACCAACCAACAAAAAGCAGUGACAACAAGCACCAUCACAACAACAUGAGUUUUAAAGUGCAUCUUGAAAUAGCACACAGUUUUCCAAUUUAAAUAGUUUGGAAUGAAUCAAACGGGAAAAAAAAGCAUUCAUUAGAUACAACUGAAUUUCUCAAAAGUAUAUUAACACAGCCUACAAAUAAAUCCUCAAAUGUACCACUCUCAACAAAUCUUGCGUUGACUGAUAUUCUCUGUCAACCAGAGAGGAUGCAGGUAGGAAAAUGAAUGAAAUUUCCGUUCUUCGGUGUUUACCAGAUCUCUCAGGUUGUUUGCUUUGGGGAAGUGGCUGUUGCAGGGCUAUGGGAAUGUGUGAAACACUUUGCUAGUGAAGCCAGCUGAGGCCUUCAGGACCAAAUGGCCAAAUGAAUGACAGAUGACCCUUGCAGUAGCUUUGUCUGUCUGCAGAGCGGACUUCUGUGAGUGUUCAUAAUAGUUAAAGAAGUGACAUGCCGGGAGAACGGAAAAGGGUGCUAAUGAUUUACAAGCGAAGAUAAGAUAUUAUUAGGAGUACAAGGUCAAUCAGAUAAAGAUACCAUACACACAACUUGGAUUUGGGCCCAUUCUUUAAUUUAUUCUGAAAGGAAGAGGAGAAGGAAAGGAUGGGGCCUGAGAGUGUCAGCAAUUGGCUUCCCACGAGCUGCCUGUUUUAACACUCUUUGUGAUUUAUUUCAAUCCCAUCUUUUAAAAAGGUACAGCAAUUUGUUCCGUCUUUCCUGCUUCCUUCUCCUCUUCUUUCUCCUUCUAAGAUGGCAGGGAGAAACUUUCUUAGAGGUCCCAUCAACACUGCCAUACAGCUUAGAAGACUGGAGAUAUUUAUUCUCAAUGUCCUCAGCUUACUUUCCAACAGGAGCAUUAUUUGAAAGACGAUCUGCCAGCAUUCAGCUGAACAGACACAAAUGAAUAGUGAGGCGAGAGAGUGGUUCAAAGGCUGGGGUUGCUCUCAGGUCUGAUGAACCCUCCAGCACUCACCAUCAUCGGCUACAAUGUUGAUGAGACUCCAUCACAACCUCGGAUCAAGAGAGUUUCUUUAUUCCUCCAAACCUUCCAAAGCACUUUAUGGACCUUGUGUUUGGACAACACCUCCAUGAAGCUUGGAAGCCAAGAAGUCACAUCUUCACUGAACAAUUCAGGAAAUUACAGGGCAGAGGUGAAAUAUGACCUUCGAGGGAAAAGCUGGCAGUGGAGCCCAGGUCUUCGUUUUGCUGGGAUGGUUCCCUGCCAUUAUUCUCCUUUCUCACGAAAGGAUCCUGCACAGUCGAUUUAUGGCAUUUGUAAAUAAAGGUGGCUAUGUCAGCCUCCUGCUUGGAGAAAGGAAGGCAGCACCUUGAAUGCUGAGAGAGUAUCUCAAGCUUACUCUUUACUUCCAUUACAAUAUCUCAGAAGUUAUAACAGACGAAAACGGGGCGAGGUAGUCAAGGUAAGACCGGGGUCAGCAGGGAAAUGGCGUGUGAGGAGUUUCUCAUUAGAAAACACAAAUGGGGAUUUGGAUUGGUUCUUUUUCUUGUCUCAGAGAUCUUCUUCAGAAUGACUUCCCCACCCCCACUUUGUCUUUGAAAGUUUUGCCAUGUUUGAAUUGGCAUACUUACACAUUGUAAUGAUUUUUCUUUCAUCAAUUAAAAACAAAGCUAUUUUUUGGUCAAGGGUCUCCUGAAGCAAAGUUAAGAAACAGAAUAAGAAGGUUUUGAGUCAUGCACAAGACUAAAAAUUAGCUAAUAAAAACCCCUUUUUCCCCUAUUUCCUCAAAAGUCAGUUCUCAGAAAAACAAUUCUGGAUGCACCCUGUUUACCAGCAACGCUAAAAGUUCAAGAAAAGAAAGACAUCACAAUAUUUACACUCAGGCAAAUCACUGUUCAUCUAUCGUGUCUGAUCCUGCAGAUUUGGGAGUGGGCUCCUGUCCUGCCUGUCAAAGGGAGAGGAAGCAGUGUCUGGCUAGCUGGUCCUAUAUUUGCUCCUGUUGGCUCACUGUCCACCACCAGUUUUGUUUUUUGUUGUUUGUUUUCGUUUUUUGUUUUUUCUAAGACUGCUGGCAUCCCUUCUUUCUAGAUCAUCUUGUCUUUCUUCUGAUAUUUUAUUUUCAUGACUAAGAUCUCUAGGACCCCAUCAGAGUAUAUUUCUGAUGGCACAAUGCUACUGCUUCCUGGUAUAUUUAUUUCAUUCUCAAUAUUUGAACCUCUGAAUUAAAAUAAUAGUGAUAAUAGCCAGCAUUUAUUGGCUUUGUGCUUUGUGCCAAGCAUCAUGCUGAGUGGGUUCGUACCUUAUUGCAAAGGUCCCCCUGUGCUGCUGGGUUGGUGUCAUUCUCCCAGUUUUUGGGUUUGGAAACCAAGGCUCAAAGAGCUCCAACAACUAGUGGAAGGCUAAGCAGACCAGACCUGGGCACUUCUCCACUUCCUCAGCCUUCCAAGAGGGGCCCCAGCACUGAUCUUCAGUCUUCAGACCUAGGUCGUUCUUGCCUCAGGGAGAGACAGAUCAAGGAAAGUCAGGUGGUUGUUAGCUAACAAGAGCAAUGUUCUUCCAGAGGGGCAACAAGUGAGGGACAGGGCUGGGAGCUCCUGCUCCUGGAGGUCAGGUGGGCCAUGCAGGCAGUGGGCAGGGAGCUCCUGCUCCUGGAGGUCAGGUGGGCCACCCCUCCACCCAUCAGCAUCUUGCAGCCAGGCAGAUCCCUGUGGAGGCCCCUCAGUGACAGAGGGAAAAGCCCCCCACAGCCCGGAAUUGGCCUCAUUGAGAGUGUCCCCAAGGAGAAACAUAUAGAGGAUGCCAGCAGCCCAGAAGGCUGGAGAGGGAGCUCAUCUCUUCUCCGUCAUAGCCACUGCACACAAAAGUUGGAGCCAGAAGCAUCCACAAGUGUCCCUAUCCAAACAGGGCAGGAGGAAGGAAAUCCAUUCAGUGAUUCCUCCCCGGGAACAUCUCUCCAGAGGCCUGACUAUGCAGCAGGAGCUAGCUGGGCUGCAGAGCCACAGCCAGGGCCUGUCCUCAACAGUCAGGGUGCUGGGUGGAUCUGGUCUAUGCUUGCUGCCUGUGAACCUGAGGCCCCAACCCACACAGCAACACCAUUGCACCCAGUGGCUUCCCAGUGCAGCCAUGGUGAUGCCCAGGGACAGGCAAGAGUGAGACCCUUCUCCACACCAGCUCCCAGGGCACAGAGGCUUCUCCUGUGGUGGCGCCACGUGGAGCCACGCUUGAGUCUGCAGUGGGUCUGGGGACAGCCACACACAAGCUCAGGAGACACACAUGGCAUCACGUGUCACCUACAGCCACUCCACACACCAACACAUAUGCACACAGGUACCAGCAUAUACCCACCGCACACACCCAUACACAUCACAAACACCUCAUUCCGCAUGCAACAUAGACACCCACACCCAGCCACACACAAUGCACAUGCACCGCAAACAUACAUACUGCAUACACACACAAGCUACAGAAACCGACGCUCAUACUGCACACAUGUCAUACCCACAUCCAGCCACAUCACAUACUACAUCCAUGCACACAUCCACCAAGACACCACACUUAUAUUCACCCAUGCAUUCCCACACACCAUACCACACCAAACAUUCUAAACGCACAGACAUGUAUGCACAACUAUACACACAUACCAUAGAUGUGCACUCACACACACACACAACCACCCCAUGUGCAUAUAGGCACCCACGCACCAGACAACCCGUGUCCUCUUCUGCACCCACACCUGUGUCACACAUUAAGGUACACAGAACCCAUAUGACCUUGUCACACACCCAUACCCACACACUCCAAACACACACAUGCUUGAGUGCACACUUUCGUUCUCAUCCCCCCAUGGCUGACUCUGCUUCCACUAAGGCAGCCUUUCCAGAACUGUCGAGGAACUGCCAAACACCCUUCCUUUUAGAGAUGACCGUGUGUUGAGGAGUCAGUGUUCGUAAAGCAACUUCUUGGGGAAAUAUAAUAGCAGAUAUAAGGUACUCUAAAGUGAGGGUAUCCAAGCCAGAUAGGCAUUGUCAAGUGAGGGCAUGCCUGAGAGUGAAAGGCAGAGCUGAAAGGCAUUAUGAACUCAUUUCUAAUAGGCAUGGACAGGACCACCCUGAGCGAACUCAGGUACAUGGUCACCUCGCCUGCAGGGACCAGGGACAAUGCUUACAGAGUCAGUGUGUCUGCUGCCUAUCAACCCUCUCAGAUAUGAAAAUAAUGGGAUAGGAAUUGGUGGCAAGGGCUGGAGGUAGAAGAGUCAUAGUUUUCGAUGGUAUUUGUGCAUUCCCUUCUCAAAUUCCCUUCUGGCAGGUGGAAUUCAUUUCUCACUAAUUUCCUUGCUGCACGUUGGUGGUUCUCAAACAUUCCAUCCUCUGCUCCAUCCCCAUUAGCUGAGUCGGGGAGGCCUGCCUGGGGCCCAGGAGUCCCUGUGUGAUGUCUCCACCCUCUGACCAGCGCCUCUGAAGAAUAAAGACCGAAUGCACUCCUCUAACAGGUACUCAGCACCUAGCUGAGGCAAGCAUAAAGAGCAGAGCUAGCAACUGGGACAGCCCCCUGGGAUCUUGCUGAAAUGCAGAUUCCGGUGCUAAGGGGUCCGGGUGGGGCCUCUCCCUUUUUGACCCAGCAACAUCAAUUUUUUUAAUUUAAUUUUUUAAUUUUUUUGAGAUGGAGUCUCGCCCUGUCAC